CUUCCUGGUGAGAAACUUCCCCUUUUUCUUGUGUUUCUCCAUCCUGGUGCGUUGGAGGGAGCGCGCCUGUCCUGCCAAGAGGUGCCAUGCACAAGAUAGAGGGGGCAGCACUUCUGAAUGCUGAAUUUUCUUUCUGAUCCAAGAACUGAAGCUACGAAUCAAAAUGGAAAAGCAGGAUCCAGCAGGACUGGAAUCAGGGGGGAAACCUGCAGGUAGACCUGGUAGAGGGAGAGACUUUUGUUUUGUACAACAUAAAACCGUCCAAGAGGUCCUAACAGGGACAGUUCCACAGCAAAUUAAAGAAGAACCAGAUGAGGGACUAGAGCAAUGCUGGGAAGCUCAAUGGCAGGAAUUCUUGAAGACCCCUCAUCCAGAAUGGAGACACUCACAAUUGUCCCAUUCUGUUUUGGAGGCAAAUUUGAAAUUGAUCCAGGCCUCCUUCAAGGGAGCAGCCGAUGCCAGCCAGUGGCCUACAGGAGAAUGGUUGGCUCAGACCCUACCGGACCUCUUAGGCGAAGCACAACAGGCCUGCAAAAACCUGGAUUCUUCUCAGACAGUGAAGGUUGAGAUUCUGGAUAAGAAGGACACUAUCAGUCUGGAAAUGCGGCGUCAGAGCUUCAGGCAGUUCUCCUACCAUGAGUCCGAGGGGCCCCGCAAGAUAUGCCAGCAGCUCCAAGAACUUUGCCAUCAGUGGCUGAGUCCUGAGAAGCACACCAAGGAACAGAUCCUACAUCUGCUGAUCUUGGAACAGUUCUUGACCAUCCUUCCCUGGGAAAUGCAGAACUGGGUGAGGGAACGAGGCCCCGAGACCUGCGCUGAAGCUGUGGUCCUGGCAGAGGAUUUCCUCCUGAUGCUCCAAGAGCCGGAGGGACAGGAGCCAAAGACUCCAGAACUGUUGGAAGAAGCAUUUAGUAGUGCCCUCAAAUCUGAGCCAGAUCCAUUAGAUGCUGUACAGAUUCCACUCUCUGUGGAAACUGGCUUGCUGGGUGACAAUCACGUUCUUGAGAAUGAAGAGGAUACUUUUCAUCUGCAAAAGCCCGAGAGUGAACCAAUAGACUUCAGGGGAAUAUCCAUGGAGAAAGCCAAGGGGAAAUUUUUCCUGAGUCCUGAGAUAGAAGAGAUUCCUGGAAGUCAGCGGGGACCUGAAAAGCAACAGGAAAGCUAUUUGUGGAGGAUGGCCGAACAAGCUUUUCUGUGCAAGGAUGGGCAGCAUGGUUUCCAUGAAAGCCCCUUCCAGGAGAGGACUGAAAAAUCCCAGAGAAUCAGCACAGGCGUUGAGUUUGAAAAGAGCCUCCAUCAGAGCUUGGACGACCAGAAGAGGCGGAUGAGGAAAUUCAAAUGUUCCUAUUGCGGGGCGACCUCCAACAUCAGAGCGAACAUUGUGGUACACGAGCGGAUUCACACUGGGGAGAAGCCCUACUCCUGCUUAACCUGUGGGAAGAGCUUCAGUCGGAAAUCUACCCUCGUCCGACACAAGAGGACACACACAGGAGAAAAGCCAUAUGAAUGCUCAGUAUGUGGGAAAAGCUUCAGCAUUCGCUGUAACCUCUUGCGGCACGAAAGGGUCCACACAGGCGAGAAGCCUUAUCAUUGUACGUACUGUGGCCAGAGCUUCAGUCGCAGACUUUUGCUUGUUAUACACGAGAGGACCCACACAGGAGAGAAGACCAUAUAAAUGUUAGGUCUUGAACAUUAAGCCAAUAAACGGACUCUGUUUUUAAUCAGCAGCAUUUAUUGAUAAGCUCAGAGCACCAAAGCUUGGCAAAGCCAGUUCUGACAAAUCUGGUCUUUGCCAUCCCCUUUAUCCCCAUUGUCAGUCCCCCCUCCCAUUUUCCCAAGGAAUUUGAAAGAAAGCGUUUGCAGGGCCGAGGCACCCCAAGGUCAGCGACAGAUAGUGAUAGAGAGCCACCCGGCAUCCUGCUCCCACAGAACAAUGGGAACAACACCGUAUCUCAUGGGACCAGGGUGUCAGGGGAAAGCCUAGUUAUCUACAAAGCAAGUGGAGCCAUAAAGUAAAGAUCAAGGAAAGAAUGCCCCAGAUGGCAGUGGUAACAUAAAGCAGGUUAGUUACAUAUAUCUUGUAGCAGCAUUGAUAUAUAGUUGCAAACAGUUACAUUGAGUUAGGAAUGCAUCUCAGUCAUCUAGAUAGCAUCCCUCUGACAUAUAAACACUCACAGUGUGGGAAAUGGAGUUUCACUGUUCUUGCUGUCCUGACACAUGUGGAAAUCUGCUUGGGAGAGAAAUCAUGAGAUUUAGCCCAAGCCCACAGAACUGCAUUUCCUUAUCUUGGUUCCUUGCCUCUGUCCUUCAUCUCCUCCCUCCAUUGUCUUUCCUUUGGUCAGUGUUCAGAUUGCAAGCAACGUGGGCAGCGACCAGUCUGGAAUGUCUUUUUUACUUGUGUUCUUUAUGAUAAACCACCUUGUGAAUAAGAAGAAUAAAUGUCCUUGUUUUUGUUACAACCCCAGACUUGCUCAAAGACAGGAAUCAGUACUUUAGAAGCAGAAUUCUUGUUUUAUUGAUGACAAGCAUAGGAAUAGCUGAUGACUACAUUGCUUGAACUGACCAGAAGACUACAGGCAAAAGAUUAUAUUCCUCCAGCACAGACAUGUCAGACUCACCCCCUCUCUUUUCCUCUCCAAAGGCGAGAAAACAUACACACACACAUUUCCCAGAGGGAAAAAGGAGUGGGGAAGAGGGAGGUCACACGUAUCCACACACACAGUCCUUAGACUGUGAUAACAGAAAAUGGGUUUCACUCCACCCCACUAAAGCUGCGUGAGUUAACAGAGCACAGAUUAAUUUUCUCAGGCCAUUUGAGCAGGAAGUCCCCAAUAACUAGAAACAUGGCAAGACCCAAGCUAAAACAUUAGAGGGUCAUGACAGUUCUGGAGAAAGUUAACUGGGUACUUAACCUUCUUGUACAUGGGAAUGCA